GCCGGGGGGUGUGUGGGUGUGUGUGUGUGUGGGGGGUGUUCAGGGUAAGAGUGUUCCUGAUGUUAUUGGGGGGUUUGAGACAAUGUGUAAUAACACAUUUGUUGCAUCAUGCCUCAGAAGUUACUUAAAAGUGCCCACUACAUUGAACUGGGAAACUACCAAUAUUGGCCUGUUCUUAUACCUAGAGGCAUCCGCCUGUACACGUACGAACAAAUCCCAUGCUUCCUCAAGGAUAACCCUUACAUUACAGAUGGAUAUAGGGCAUACCUACCUUCCAAACUGUGCUUAAAAAGUCUUUUCAUCCUUUCCAAUGAAUCGGUCAAUAUUUGGAGUCAUCUACUUGGAUUUUUCCUGUUCUUCAGCCUUGGUAUUUAUGACAUGACCACUGUACUUCCAGAAGCAAAUGCCUCAAGAGAUGACUAUGUUAUAUAUUCUAUCUGUCUCUUCUGCUUCCAGGUGUGUAUGCUGUGUUCAGUAGGGUAUCAUGUAUUUUGCUGUCAUCGCUCUGAAAAAGCAAAUCAGCGCUGGGUAGCCCUCGAUUAUGCUGGUAUUGCCGUAGGAAUUUUAGGCUGUUACGUCCCUGCAGUCUUCUAUGCUUUUUACUGCAAUGAGUACUGGCGGCAGGUCUACCUAAUCACAAUACUUGCUAUGAUAUUGGCAGUAUUCUUUGCACAAAUACAUCCGUAUUACUUGACUCAGCAGUGGAAUAAACUACGUGCACUCAUCUUUUGCUGUGUUUCUGCAUAUGGGAUUAUCCCAACAAUUCACUGGAUUUGGCAGAAUGGGGGCUGGUCUGCUCCAAUAGUUCUGGCAUUUGCUCCCCGUGUGUUUGCGAUGUACUUGAUGGCUGCAGUGGCUUUUUUUCUGUAUGUCACAAAAAUUCCAGAAAGGUAUUUUCCAGGGCAGCUCAACUACCUCGGGUCCAGUCAUCAGUGCUGGCAUAUUAUUGUCGUCUUCAUGUUGUACUGGUGGCAUCAAACUGGAGUGUACAUCACACAGUACAGGCACAGCGAGCCUUGUUCUAAACUAGUACUGAGCACAUAACUAUCAUCAGUGUAUUCACUAAAAUGCUUGUUUUUGAAUCUGUGGUAGUAUACACUGAGUACAGAUUGUGGAGUUGAAAGUAAUUCUACAGAUGGAAUUGCCACUUUGUAUGGCCUUUUGUCAGUAAAAUAUUGUUUGGAAUGGGGACAAUGGAAAGGUUACAUCCGUCAUAAAGGAAAUAUUUUGUUGCUUAAAUAAGUUGUCUUAAGCCCUGGAAGUACUUUUCAUUAACAUUCUAUAAGUAGAAUUCUGUAUGUUUUAUUGACAAUUCUAUUGAUAAUGCUCAUCAAAAGAUGUUUGUGUGUAUUAGUAGAAAGACUACUCGUCCUAUCAUGCAGUAAUCACUUCUUCAAUAACGUGUAUUCUCCAUAUACUACUGGUAAUGUAAGAUUAUGGUGCAACCAAAAUUUCAGUGCAUGGCCUGUCUUAGUUGGUAACACUCACCUGUACAUCAGGAUGUUGUGGGUUCAAGCCCCAAAUUGUAACUUUGCUGACACUUCCAAUAUAAUACUGGGUGUGCUGGACUGUUGGAGGUGCUGUUGGAGAUUGGUUAAACCAAGGUCCUGGUAAGGGAAAAUACCUUUGCUGAAUGAAAUCUACAGCAAGAGAAUUCUUUAAGUGAAUUGGUUAUUGUAACAAUACAGUAAUAAUAGUAAUAAUUCAAGCUUAAAGGAUUUUAAUUUUUGCUUGAUUAAAAAGCAGUGUUUCACUUAACACUAUAACACUCUAAGGAAUAUUGUGGGGGGAAUACCUGCAUAUUGUAUCUGAAAUUUGCAUAGUUGGGGAACCCCACAAAUCAGUGUUGGGGGAUGCAACAUGGCAAUUAACUUUGAAAAUUAAAUGCUACACCUAUAAACUGAUUAAUGUAAUUUCUACACUCAGUUGUAUUCCACAAUGCAAUUGUCUCACAUUAUUAGUGCUGGAAUUAAUCAUGUAGCUUUUUUUGAACUGGGCAGUUUGAGGGUUUGAAGAUCAUUGCAGAUUAUUUGUUGAAUACCACCUGGCUAAAAUUUGGAGCAUUUCCAUCUCACUUUAGAUUUUCAUCCCAGUAGGAGGAAUAUAGUCAACCAUGGAAUAAGGUCUUAGUUCUGUUAACCUUAAUUUCCUUUGAAUACUUCCAACAAUCUGUUGAAUAGCAGUCAAUUCUAAAUAUGAGAGCUGCUUUUACUUUAUCCUCAAGAUAACAUAUUUCACCAUUAAGGUCACCUACCCAAAAUAUUUGAGUGCUAAGCUCAUCAAUAUAAAAAUAGUGACCAAUGGUGGCACGGAGGGGUCAAGGGACAUGCAGCAGGCUUGUGCCAGCUAAGCGAAUGAAGCAGGCAGAGUGGGGUAAGCAGGUCAGAGUCGCUAAGGUGUGAAGGGGUUGGUUUGUGAUGGUAAGCAUUCUUGGAAUCAAUCCUUUCAUCUACUUUGUUGUCCUGUGUUAUUCCUCAAGGUGUUACCCUUCAUUCUCUGCACUUUUGAGUGAUGUGAGUUGCAUGCCCAACGGUCAGUACAGGAUUAGGGUCUGUGGUGAAUUGGGAAAUUUGGGGGAAAAAAAGAGAAAUGUCAUCUGGAAGUCCCAUUUUCUUCAUUUCCCUAGGUAGGUAAUCAAUCUGCCUCAACAGUCUUGCUCUAGAUUUCGUUCAACAGGUAUUUCCUUUACCAAAAGAGAUCAAUGAAAGUAGCUCAGGAGUACCUCAUAUUUAGUCUGAUAGGCUGAAUAGUUCCAAUGCAGAAGCAUAAUAAUGGACCAUGUAUCUGCACAAUUUUCCUGGUCUACACCCUAGUUUAGUAUGGAUUGUGAUCAAUUGGAAGAUUGAGUAGAUAUGUUUGAAAGUGGUGGUAAUCAUUAUGAAUUCAUGUUUAAAUUCACACAUUCAGUUCCCAAUAUGCUGACAAUUCAAUUCCAGCUUUAUUUAUUAGCCUGAAGAAACUGGCUCACACAACAGAUGUUAAAAUCCUAAACUUUGGGAUGAACCCUUCUUUUCAUGUUUUGUCAGAUUGUCAUAUGUUCCAUUUAAAUAAUAAAUCCUGAUCUUUUAUACCAAGUUCAGGUGAGGUUUACUGUGUGAAUUCUCCCCUUAAUGUUAAAUGUUCCCAGUCUCCCAAUUGGUAAAUCAUACCAACAAGAAUACCGUAAAAUAUACCCUGAAUUGUCAUGCAGCAAACUUGCAGCAAUUUGGGCAUUGUCACUUAUUAUUCCGUGCAGCAACCUCCCCAAUGUCCAGCUAUUAAUAGAAACUUAGGAAUUGUAAUAGUAUAAUGUGUUUUUAACCUUCAACUAACUCCUCAGUAUCACAUGUGGUGCUUGAGAACUUCUUCAAACUUGCCUGAGUGUUUUUNAUAUAGGAGACUCUGUGAACAAUGAAGAAAUAAACUUCUUAUAUAAACA